AUGGGAAAUCAUCUUAGGAAAUUUUUACGUUUGUUUUCUAGACCAAUGGUUCCAUUAAAUCAAUCGCAAAUAGAAGAAGAAAGAUGGGACGAAAUACAUUAUUUAUUAAAGGAAUAUUGGGGUGGUGAUUUUUCUGCUCCAAUUCAUGAAUGGUUACAAACUGGUGGUAUUAAAGUCUUGGAUAUUGGCUGCGGAAAUGGAUUAUGGCUAAAAGAUAUUGCCAUAAAUUUUCCAUCGUCAGAAUUCAUUGGUGUUGAUAACGAUAAUAUUUCAUUACUUCCUGAAAAUUCUCCUUCGAAUAUCAAAUUUAUACAGGAAGAUAUUAAAUCAACCUUACCAUUUGAAGCGAAUACCUUUGAUUAUGUUCAUAUGAGACAUAUGAUGUUUUAUUUUACUGAAAUAGAAUGGAUUAAUGUCGUAAUUCCUGAAUUGAUUCGAAUACUAAAACCUGGGGGGUACCUUGAAUUGGAAGAAGCCGAUCAGGAAUGGCGUAACGUUACGCCUACUACUAGAACAUUUACUAGUAUCGGACAUAAUUUAAUGAGACAAAGAGGGAUUGAUCCGUUUUUGACCAAUCAUCUUGAUGAUAUUAUGGAAAGUACUGAAAUGUUGGAUGAUAUUCAUCGUAAAGUACAAGAAGUUCAAAUUGGAAAAUGGGCAGGUCAUAAAGUAAAAGUUUCUUAUCGUGAGAGAUUAAAUAUUUCGAAUAAUGAAUUUGAUAAUUUAAUACAACGAAUAAAGAGGGAAGUAGAUGAACAUAAAACCUAUUGUAAUCAUAAUAGGUUCUAUGCUACCAAAAAAUGUGUCUAG